CUCCCAAGGCAGAAUAGAGGAAAAAAACAGCAGCAUAUCGAAAUUUUUCAUUUGAGAAAACCAAUUCGUAGUGAGCGAACAUUAGCAAAAAUCACAGAAAAAAUCGAAAAAACAUCCUGCCAACAUGUCGCUUUUGAAACGUUUCGCUGACGAGGAACGGGAGUCUAAAUAUGGACGGGUGUUCGCUGUGUCCGGACCAGUCGUUACUGCCGAAUGUAUGUCCGGUUCUGCUAUGUACGAAUUGGUUCGGGUAGGCUACUACGAAUUGGUGGGUGAAAUUAUUCGUCUUGAAGGUGAUAUGGCCACCAUUCAGGUAUACGAAGAAACCUCCGGUGUCACAGUUGGUGAUCCUGUAUUGCGUACCGGCAAACCUUUAUCGGUUGAAUUGGGUCCCGGUAUUAUGGGCAGUAUUUUUGACGGUAUCCAAAGACCUCUGCGUGAUAUUGGUGAAAUGACAAGCUCAAUUUAUAUACCAAAGGGUGUCAACGUUCACUCCCUCUCGCGUACCACUGCCUGGGAGUUUAGUCCAACAAAUGUCAAAGUUGGCUCGCACAUAACCGGUGGUGAUUUAUAUGGUGUAGUAGUGGAGAAUACUCUGGUAAAACAUCGCAUGCUGGUGAGUCCCCGUUCAAAGGGUACCGUUCGCUACAUUGCUCCACCUGGCAAUUAUACCAUGGAAGAUGUGGUCUUGGAGACUGAAUUCGAUGGUGAGGUAACCAAACAUACUAUGCUGCAAGUGUGGCCAGUGCGUCAACCUCGUCCAGUGAUUGAAAAAUUACCCGCCAACCAUCCUCUGUUUACGGGUCAACGCGUUUUGGACUCUUUGUUCCCUUGUGUGCAGGGAGGUACAACUGCCAUUCCUGGAGCUUUUGGUUGUGGCAAAACUGUCAUUUCACAAGCCCUUUCCAAAUACUCCAAUUCAGAUGUCAUUAUCUAUGUGGGUUGUGGUGAACGUGGCAACGAAAUGUCUGAAGUAUUAAGAGAUUUCCCCGAGCUGACCUGUGAAAUCGAUGGCGUCGUCGAAUCUAUUAUGAAGCGUACCGCUCUCGUGGCCAACACUUCCAACAUGCCAGUGGCUGCUCGUGAAGCUUCUAUUUAUACAGGCAUUACCCUUUCGGAAUAUUUCCGCGAUAUGGGCUACAAUGUGGCCAUGAUGGCCGAUUCUACCUCACGUUGGGCCGAAGCUUUGCGUGAAAUCUCAGGUCGUUUGGCUGAAAUGCCCGCCGAUUCUGGCUACCCCGCAUACUUGGGCGCCCGUUUGGCUACUUUCUAUGAACGUGCUGGCCGUGUUCGUUGUCUGGGCAAUCCCGAACGUGAAGGCUCUGUAUCGAUUGUGGGUGCUGUCUCACCACCUGGUGGUGAUUUCUCUGACCCCGUUACCUCUGCCACUUUGGGUAUUGUCCAGGUGUUCUGGGGUCUGGAUAAGAAAUUGGCCCAACGCAAACAUUUCCCCUCCAUCAAUUGGUUGAUCUCUUAUUCCAAAUACAUGCGCGCAUUAGAUGAAUACUAUGACAAAAAUUUCCCCGAAUUUGUGCCAUUGCGUACCAAGGUUAAGGAAAUUCUGCAGGAGGAAGAAGAUCUCUCGGAAAUUGUACAAUUGGUGGGUAAAGCUUCUCUGGCGGAAACUGACAAAAUUACCCUGGAAGUAGCCAAGAUCUUAAAGGAUGAUUUCUUGCAACAAAAUUCCUAUUCACCCUAUGAUCGUGUAUGUCCCUUUUACAAAACCGUGGGCAUGUUAAAGAAUAUGAUAUCCUUCUAUGAAAUGGCCAGACAUUCUGUCGAAUCAACAGCACAAUCCGAUGUUAAAGUAACCUGGAACACCAUACGUGAAUCGAUGGGCAAUAUAAUGUAUCAAUUGUCCUCAAUGAAGUUUAAGGAUCCUGUGAAGGAUGGCGAGGCAAAAAUAAAGGCCGAUUUUGAACAGUUACAUGAGGACAUGCAACAGGCCUUUAGAAAUCUUGAAGAUUAAGCACAUAUAUCCCCCUCACCUAAACAACACAUAGAUAUUAUUUAGAGAAAUUUUUAAAGACAAGACACAUAAACGAUUCUUAGAUGUGGUACUUGAAGGAAAUUAAAACAACAAGUAACCUGUAACAAUAAUUGUAACUAAACCGAAAAGUUAAAACAAAAGAUCAUCAUUCAAUAAGAAAAUACAACAGCUAUUCUAUAUAUAUUUAUAUACACACACACAUACAAACACUAAUACCUACUAUAUGAUUUAGCCAAUAAAGAAAUACGACGACUAUAUACAUAUAUAUUAUAUAUACCAAACAAUCCACGAGGGAAGAUUAUAAAGAAGAAAGCAAAAUGUUAUCUCUGUUCCAGAUACCCCCUUGUAACUUUCAAAAUCCAAAUAAAAUCUAAAAGUGUUAUAAAUGUUAUUGUUUUUAUUGUAUAUUUAAUUGAAAUAAAUUUUGAAAAAUUUAUUCUCUCUCA